CAAUGAUCUUGGCAGUGAGAUAUUGGAUUCAAGCUUCGAUGGAUAUAAUGUAUGUCUGUUUGCCUAUGGGCAGACAGGAUCUGGAAAGACAUUCACCAUGAUGGGAGAUGAGGCGGAUCAAGGAGUCAUCCCUAGACUCUGUGAGAGUCUUCUUGAGAGGGUUAGUAGCUAUGAGGAGGAUGUCACCUUUAAAGUGGAAGUCAGUUUCCUAGAGAUCUACAAUGAGAGGGUACGAGAUCUUCUGGCUCCACCCAACAAGGCCAAGUACUCACUCAAAGUACGGGAACAUCCUAAAGAUGGACCAUAUGUACAAGAUCUAUCCCAUCAUCUGGUGUCAGACUAUGAGCAGGUGCUUGCACUAAUGCAUGAUGGGAAUCUCCUGCGGACCACAGCGGCGACCCAUAUGCACGAGCUGAGCAGUCGAUCGCACGCCAUCUUCACCAUCACGUUCAUACAGGCUAAGAUGUCUCACGGGAUUCCAAGUGAGAUUGUGAGUAAGAUCAACCUGGUGGAUUUAGCUGGAAGUGAACGGGCAUCGAUCAACACUAGCAAAGACAGAUUGCAAGAGGGCGCCAAUAUCAACAAAUCGCUUGUAACCCUGGGCAACUGUAUACAAGCACUAGGACCCCAUGUGGAUCUAUCCAAAUCUCUUCCAGAGACUUGGUUGACAUCUAGGCAUAAGAGAGGAGAUGAAAUGCUAGAUUCUGCUGCUGACAGUGCGGCUAUGGCUGCUAGCAUGGAGAGUCUAUCAAUGAGUGAAGACUGGGACGCCCUCUCUGGUCCUCGACGCAGGACAAACUAUGUGCCUUAUCGAAACUCCAUACUUACCUGGCUUCUCAAGGAUAGUCUGGGAGGAAAUUCAAAGACCAUCAUGAUUGCAACGAUCUCACCAGCUUCCAUACAUUAUAAUGAAACAAUGAGCACAUUGAGGUAUGCAAGACGGGCCAAACACAUAGUCAAUCAACCCAUCAUUAAUGAGGAUCGUAAUGUGAGGCUGAUCCGCGAGCUGAGGGCAGAGAUCGACAGGUUACGGAUGCUUCUGAACAGCGCUAGCCUGGCGAGUUCACAAGCUUCAUUGAUUCAAGACCAAAACAUCUGUCGUAUGCUGCAAGAGAACGAGCAAAGAGUUGAUCAACUGACAGAAGCUUGGGUGGAGAAGUGGAGUAAUGCAGCUCGCAUCAUGCAGGAAUGCAAUGUUGGGAUUCGUAAGGAGAGUGUCGGAGUGAUCGUAGAAUCUGAGCUACCUCAUCUUAUCGGUAUGGAUGAUGAUCUUCUUAGUACCGGUAUCAUCCUUUAUCAUCUCAAGGAGGGAAGGACCAAAAUAGGCAGAACAAACUCAGUCAGUCAUCAGGAUAUCGUAUUAUAUGGCCCAGAUGUAGAGGAUGAACAUGCAGUCAUCAUCAAUAUAGACGGCCAUGUUGUACUCACACCACUCAGGAACUCAAAGUGUGCUGUCAAUGGGAUCAAUGUCCACAAACCAGUAGAACUCACACAAGGUGCUGUAAUCCUCCUUGGGAGUACCAACAUGUUCCGCUUCAACCAUCCUGCAGAAGCAGUCAAACUCAGGGAAAGAAGAGCUUCCAAUAUACCCGGUCGUGGAUUGAGAAGAAAAAGCGUCACACUUCAUGUACCUAACUCAGGGGAUGCACUUUCUGCCGAGUUUGGGAAAAGGAUUAGUCUAUCGAUGAGCUUGGAUGGAUCAUGGAGCGCUGAACCAGACAGUAACCUCAAGAAGACUCCUAUGCGAUCAUCCUUCAGUGACCUAUCCUCUGAUAUCUCACCUAUCAUGAUGUUCAAUCCUGGAUUGGAACUAGAGAGAAGACACAAGCUGGAGGCUGAAAAACUAGAAGAUACAAGGAAACAGCUUGCUGAGUUGGAGGCCAGGAGAGCUGAGGCAGUAGCAGCCAGGGAGGAGCAGGAAUUGAUGAUGAAAAGAAGCCUGCAUGAACACCAGGAGCGCAUCAGGGAGCAGAAGGAGCUCAUUGAGAGGUUGAAGAAGGAGCACCAGGAUGCCAUGGCUCUAGCUCAGGAGGAGCUCGCUAUGAUGAAGGGGAAGAUCAGUAACCAAAAAGAGAUGGGUAAACAAAAGCUUGAAGGAGAGUUGACCCAACUGAAAGAUGCACAAACAACUUAUCACUCAGAUCUGUGUACCAUUCCGAGUGUUGUUGCUGAUGUCAGCUUUGACACCAAAGACCUCUCAGGGUUGGACGUUGCUCGGAAGCGUGUUACACUAAUGGAACUCCUACAAAAGCAGUCACAACGUAAGGCACUGGCUGCUCUGGAACGGCGACAGGCAACCCUUGAGGUACAGAAAAGAACUGCUCAAUUGAUUCUGAAACAUGAAGAGCAAAAACUCCAGGACUUUGAAACAGAUCCACGUUUGCUCGAAGGAGAGUUCAGUUCAGAGUCACCUGAAAAAGAGCUUGGAGAUCGUGACAUGGAGAACACAGUAGAUAGCUCUACAGAAAAUGUGAGCACAGAAUUACCAGCAUCAGGACGAGUCAGUCCUGUAGGGAACAGUGAUCCUGAAACAAUGCACCAUAACAACCUUCCUUCACCCAAAAGAGAAACAAAGCGCAUCCAAAAGCAGGAAAAGAAAGAUCAGAUUGUGGAUAAAAAGAAGGACCAAAUGAAAAGUUCUAAGAAAAACUCCAGAAAUAUUGAUGCUAGACCUGCCAAAAAGGUUGAAUUAGGACCUCCAAAAUCUAAACCCAGGGAAGAACAAUUAAAAAGGGAAAGUGAUGGUCAAUCUGCUUCAUCUUCAAGGUCACCUUCACCAAGUAAAAGUUCUAGAUCAAGUUCUCCAAGCAAAUCGUCAAGGUCUAGUUCACCCACCAAAUCAUUACGAUCAGAUUCACCAACUAAGUCUUCGAGGUCUGCAUCUCCAUCCAAAUCUGUAAGGUCUGAUUCCCCAACCAAGUCAUCAAGAUCAUCUUCUCCUGCCAGCACAUCUUCAAGAAGGUCUAGGCAAUCUUCAGGAGAUGUGUUUUCUCGCUUGUUUCCCCAGCAAGAAACAAAAUUUGAUUAUCUCAGGAAAAAGAGUCCUCCAAGGUAUAGUGAAUAUGAUCCUCAUAGAGAAAGAGAUAGAGACUCUCCAUAUCUGAUAAGGAGAGAACUGUCUCCAUCAGAGCAUGAUCCCAUUAAGUUAAAGGACAGGAAACAUGAAUUUGUUCAGGAUCAUAAACUUAUGAGAACGAACAGUGUGCCUUCAAGCAAUCUUCCAGACAGAACAAAGAACCAUUCAAGGAGUAGGAGUGCUAGUCCAAGCAUAAAUAAACCUAUUAAACCUGUAGCAAGGCCAAAGAAAUCUCCAUUAUCACAAUCAUCACAAAAGACUGAUGAGAUUGGUAGGAAAACCAAAGUGAAACCAAAAGAUACAGUAAAAUCUCAACCUGAGAGAACUCAAAGUGAUCGUGGUAAUGAAAAAAAAAACAAUAAGUGCCAAGCAAAUAUGAAGAGAGCCCACCAAACAACUCCACAAGAACAAACUCUGUCCAGUCCAACAAAGAGAAAAUCAAGUAAACCAGAAAACACUUUAAAAUUAAAGACUCCUAAAGGUUCAUCUGUCUCCCCUUCACGGUCAAGACCGAGCAGUAGUCAAGCAAUAGACAGAAGUCCAUCUCCCAAGAAGAAAUCAGAACAAACUCCAUCUCAUCGAAAGACAGUGAAGAGGCCCCUUUCAAGGAGUCGCAAUGACAAUGAAAAUUCUGUUUCUCCCAGUCCUCGGAGGAAAUUUGCAAGAACUCCUGUUGUCAAACCAAAGAACUGGCCAUCUCUAGAGAACUUGCCAAAGAGUACACCAAAAUCUGAAGCAUUCUAUGUUCCUCUCACUAGUGAACAAUUGAGGCUUGAACUUCAGAAGCACACCAGUGAGCAGGAUAGCGGACUGUAUCCAGAAAAUUUGGGGGCUUUAGGAUGUGAACAGCCCUGUAGUCCAAGUCUUAAGAGGUCUAUUGGAAAGCAUCCACAGGAAACGCAAACUGACCCAAAUAAGGAUACUAUUGGUGUGGACACAUGCGAUUUGGAGAUGGAUGGAAUAAAUGUUUCAAUCAAUGUAGAAGAUAGUUACAGCUCUUCAGAAAGUUUUGUUGAUUCCCUGGAGGAAGAUCUUCAAUGUGAUCAACAAAUAGAACUUGAACAUGAUGAUGGACCAAGAAUUGUUGAUAUGACAUCUGCAGAUGAAGAUGAAUUCUGGGCCAUACCUGUCUCAUCCGAGGAUAUUCUUACAGCUUCUAGUGAUGAAGGAGAAGAUGAUGAAGAUGACAUUGCAUUGAACCUUGAUAUCCCUGACAGGAAACACAGUUCAGAUACUCUUGAGAGUGUGAACAGCAAUGAUGAACUAGAAACCGAUGAUCCUUGCCAUACUACAAUGAUAGAGGUAGAAAAUUCAGAGGCAAUUGCAAAUGAAGAACAAGGAAGUGCAGAUUCUGAUGAUAACUCUUGCAACAGCCUACACUUGAAUGGAAAGCGACCAUUGCCAGAUGAUGAUGUUCCUAACAGUGAAAAGGUUAUGAAUGGUCCUAUUGUAUGUGACCAUGAAGAAACUAAUGGGAAUAUCUCAUGUAAUUUGGAACAUUCUGAUAAUGAACCAACACUUCCUGCUAUGCAAAGAGAGGAUGAAAUUAUUGAAGAAUCUGAUCACCUUGAUGAAAUAGGGCUUGAUGAGAAUCAGACUUCACCAUCAGAAACACAUUUGCAUAAUGGAGACAAUGUGUUAACAGAACCUCCAACCCCCAAUAUAGAAUUACAACAGAAAAUUGUUGAACCAAAAGAUCAGGAACUAGGAGCUUGUGAAAGAGACAAAGGUGCUGAAGUUAAAGACACAGACACAGAAACACAAGAAGAGACAUCACAGGUGAACUUCAAUGAAGAGAAUGCAGUUUUACCCCUAAAGCCAAAUACUACUGAAUUGCACUCAAUGCCAGACUUGCCUGAUGAAUGCUUAUCCUCAAGAAAGUCCAGUCCUGCUUCAUUAAUAAAGGAAGAAAUGAAUAAGCCAUCAAAUGAAGUUGAGCCACCUGUUGUUCCUGACAGAAAUGUGCAGGAAGAGACAAAGAAAAAAUCCCAAGAUCACCAUGGAAAUAUCAGUUAUCAAGAACCUUUAGGGGAAAUGCACGGUGAAGAAGAGGUACCACCUUUAGAAUUCACUGAUGAUAAUAGAGUUCGUGACCCAGUGGAUCCUUAUGAAAUCUCUGAUGAUGAUGUAGUCCGAUCAACAUCCACAAAACCACCCUGUCAUGAUGCCACAUUUGACCAACAAAUCAACAAAUGUUUGGGUCCAGGAACAAAUGAACAGAAUAGCUCACAUGAAGACCUUUCAAAUAUCAGUGAUCAAGAAUAUCUAGGGCAAAUGCUUACAGGUAAAGCUUUAUUAGAUCUUGAUAAAUCAUCUGAUUAUGAAGUAGCAUCAUCAAAACCGCUUUGUUCUGGUUCCAGCUACAGCAAAGACAUCAUCAUACCAUCUAAUGAUGAUGAGUCAUCUGUGAGUCCUGCAAGAAAUGGGAAGAGUACCUCACAGGAAAACUCAUCUAAUGACCCUUUAAAUAUAGGGGAUCAAGAAUCUCUAGGGGAGUCGCUUACCAAUGAAUCUUUAGUCAAUCCUGGAAUAACAUCUGAUGAUGAAGAACUUAGACUAACAUCUUCAAAACCACCUUGUCCUGAUGCUGCAUUGGAUAGAGAAUUCAACAAACCAAGUUAUAGUGAUGAGUUAUGUGUGAGUCCAGCAAGAAUUGAGCAGAAUGACUCACAGGAAAACUCUAAAAAUGAUCCUUAUAUCGGUGAUCAAGAAUUUCCAGAGAAGCUGCUUAAUGAUGAACCAUCAGUCAAUCCUGAUAUAACAUCUGAAGAUGAAGAAGUGAGAUCAUCAUCUUUAAAACCACUUUGUCCUGAUUCUACAUUUGACAAAGAAUUCUACAAACCAAUUUGUGAUCGGUUAUGUGCGAGUCCAGAAAGAAUUGAGCAAAAUAUGUCACUAGCGAACUCUAAAAAUUACCCUAGUAUCAGUGCAGAGAAACUACUUACUGAUGAACCAUCAGUCAAUCCUGAUAUAACAUCUGAUGAGGAAGAAGUUAUAUCACCAUCUUCAAAACAUUGUCCUGAUGCCACAUUUGACAAAAAAUUCUACAAAGGAAUAUAUGAUGAGGAGCUGUGUGUGAAUCCAGCAAGAGAUUAUCAAGAUAUCUCAAAGGAAAACCUAAAAAAUGAUCCUUCAAAUAUCUGUGAUCAGGAAUAUCCAGGGGACUUGCUUACCGAUGAAUUUGUAGUCAAUCCUGAUAAAGCACCUGAUGAUCAGGUACUUGGACCAACAUCAUCAAAACAACUUUCCUCUGGUUCCAUCUUUAGCAAUGACAUCAGCCAACCAACUCAUGAUGAUAAGUCAUGUGUGAACCCAGCAAGAAAUGGGCAGAAGCCUUCUCAUGAAAACUUCCUAAAUGAUCCUUCAAAUAUCAGCGAUCAAGAAUCUCCAAGAGAAUUAUUUAGUGGUGAGUCUUUAGUCAGUCCUGAUGUAACAUCCAAUGAUGAAGAACUUGGACCAACAUCUUCAAAACCACUUUGUCCUGAUUCCUUAUUGGACAAAGAAUUCAACAAACCAAUUUAUGAUGAGAAGUCGUGUCCAAUUCCAACAAGAAUUGAGCAGAAUACCUCACAGGAAAACUCCAAAAAUAAUCUUUCAAAUAUCAGUGAUCAAGAAAAUCCUGGGGAAUUACUAAGUGCUAAACCUUCAAUGGAUCUCGGUGAAAAAUCUGAUGAUAAAGAACUUAGACCAGCUUCAUCAAAGCCACCCUGUUCACAUGUCUCAUCUGAAAAGGAAAUCAGCAAACCAUCAUCUUAUGAUGAGUGUUAUGUGGUUCCUGAAAAGUACAAGCAGAAAAAUACUGAAUGCCCUUCAUUGAAAAUGAAUGAUAAAGAAUCUCCAAAGGACUCACAUUGUGAUGAAAAUAUAGACCCUGACUCAGUGGACCUUGAUGAAAUAUCCGACAAUGAAGUGGUUGGACCAUUAGAUGCUGAAACAGAAGCUUGGGAGGAGAGUAGGGAUGCUAACUUUGAUGAAAUUACUUUCAAACUUGCAGGUCUAUCCCCUGAUAUUGCUGUGAAUGAUAUAGAGCAGCACAUCAGCCAAGGUUCACCAGAAACAGACCUUCCAUUCGAUGACUUGUCUUCUGACUCUUCCCACUCUGAUGACAAUUAUGACAGACCAACCUGGGAAACAGAAGAUGCUGAAGGAGGAAAUGAUUUUGAGGGCCUGAAAGGAUUGAAAACUGGGGAGGAAAACCCUAAAAUCUGUGAUUCACAAAGUCUGAAGCCAUGCAAUAAUGAAAAUCAGUCAAGCACAGACAUGCUCAUUGAAGCUCCGAUGUCAUCUCAUCCAGUACUUAGCGAUGGUAACCAUGGAAAUGAAGCAUGUGGACCAAUAGAGAUAUUGGAAACUUCUAACGAUUUUGAUAAUGGUAAUCCUGACCAGCAUAAAGAAACCGAUGGUGAUUUUCAAAUGGAUACUUAUGAAGCAUAUGAUCCUGUACACCAAGAAUCAUUUGAAGAAUCUUCAUUAGCAAAGGAAUUACUUAGUGAGCCUACUGAUCGUUUGGAUCCUUUGCCUCCUGCUGCCUCUCACAAAGAAGAAGCAGAGGGACAAACAGUCAAAAUUGAAAUGGGCAGGAAUGAUUCUCCUGUUGAGGUUCCUGAAAUAAAUGAGCAGAGAGAGGUGGAAGAGGAUCAAGAACUUGAGGUCAGUGACAAUGAGGAUUUUCCUCAAGAGUCAUACUCUGAUGAGAUUCAAUCAGGAGCAGACAGUCUAGGUGGUGAUAUUACUUCUCCUUUCUCUUCAAAUCCUGAUGAUGUUUGCAUUGAGGAAAAGGAUAGAUCUUGUGGAUCAGAUGUCAAUGUGUUGCAGACAGAAGGGGACAGUGAUAUCCCAGGAAGAAAUGACCUUCAACACAAAGAAGAUGAUAAUUUUGUUGAUAUCAAUGACAUUUGUAAUCAAACUGUGUUUCAAGAAGAGCAGCAAAUUAAUGAACCUGCCUUGAAGCAAGACUUACCUGAAUGUGUAACUUCUAGACCAAGUAGUCUGAAUGAUAUGAAUGUUGCCUGUAAUAAGCAAAAUGAUGAAGAAUCUUCUACUGUCUUUGGCUCUGGUGACAUUAGGAAACCUGACAUUGUGUUGGUCAGAAAGACUGAUGAAGAAUUACCCAAAGUUGGAGGAAAUAUAGAACAACAUUCAGAACUCUCAAAUCUUGAAGUUUUUCCUGAAUCUAAUCAGGCACUACCAAUUGCAGAAGAAUUGACAUCAAGAGAUCUGGAACCUUCAUCUGUAUUUGAUAAUAAGGACAUGGAACUCUUCAGUGAAACUCAAAAUCCCACCCUUCUAGAUUUUCCUGAAGACCACAGUAAGGUUGAGAUUGAAAAAGAAGUGACUGGAAAUGUUCAUGAUGGCUUUCGUAAUCAACCCCGAAAUGAAGAGUUAUACAUGGAUGGAAAUCAGAAAGAUUGUGCAGUACUAGAACCAAAGGAGGCAGCAGAUAAUGCAGUGACAAUACUAACAUCAUCAUGCCCAUGUGAACCUGAUGAGGUUAUUCAAGAUAAUACUAAGCAAGAGCCAAAAGACUCGGGUGAAUCAGAAACUAGUAAUUAUGAAAAUGAUGGCAUGGAUACUCCAAAAGGUGAUUUGGAUGAUCAUCCACAACCAAACAUAGCAGUAAACUCUCCAUCUUCUGCUAGUUACACUGUUGAUGCCUCUCCAGCUAAUGACAGAGAUGAUCAGGCACAACAUGGAGAUCAUAUGAUAACCAAAAUUCUUGGGCCAGAUGAGCCAAAAUCAUCAAAGAAUCCAGCCAUGUUCAAUGGCAACACUUCCUUAGAAAGUAAUAAUCAAGAUCAAAUAAAGGAUAAUAAGCAACCACCCAUACCUAUGAUAGCGAUACAAAGUGAAGAAGAUGAAGUUCCUACCGUUUCUUGCGUUGUUAUGGCUAACCAGCUGGAUCAGCUACAGCGCCCAGUGAUUGUGGACUUGUCCAAAUUUGAGCUGGAUUCAAGUGAUAGUGAGAGCGAUGAAGUUUCAUCUGAUAAGGUGACCGAUGAUCAAUCAGAGUACAGUGAAGAAGAAAAAGAGAUUUCACAAGAAUUACCUCUUGAUUAUGAGUGCCUGUCACCUGAAAAAGUUAUGUUUCCUAAUGGGGAAAGUGGCACUGAUUCCCCAGAUAACAAAUACCAGCAGAAGCCAUUAGACAAAAGAAAAGUCACACAAAAUAUGGGUCCACAGCAAGCACAACCACAUUCUGAUAUUGGCCCUGGUGAUGAUAAGCUGGAAAAACAUGGUAAAGAAGACAACCCAAAGAUGAAAAGUCUUCCUGAUAGAUUGUGUGAUGAAACCUACAAGCUUCUACAUGGUAAUGAUGACUUUCAAGUUAUGCCCCCGACUGUCGGAACAACUGUGAAGGAUAUUGAUAAAAAGGCAAUGGGACAAAAUAUACCUCAAAACAUUGAUCAUCUUAUUAACCAAUCAAAGACUGACUGUGAAGAUCACAAAAUUGUAUAUGGGCCAUCAGACACCAAGGACCUGACCAAUAUUGACAAAUCUCAUUCAGAUUCCCACCUUCAUCAAUUGCCAGUGCUGAAUGGCAACAGUGAAAGAAAUCAGAUCUCAAACAAUCACAAUUUCAGGAUCACCCGUGCAUCCCCUGUUCCCUUUUCCGAUGAAGAAAUGGAGAGCAUGGAAAGUCCAUCCUCUUGCUCAUCCACUAGUGCAGCAGAAUAUCAUUUCGACGAGGAGCAAAGCCUCUCAGACUUUCUGGAGGAUGUGGAUAAGGUUAAGGAUGAAGAAGAAGAAGAAGCCAUGAAUGACAACAUGUCUGCUCUACAAAAUUCAGAAAUAAAUGGGGAAGCAACAGAUACCAGUGAUGACAAUGGUACUAGUAAUUCAUCAGUUCAAUUGAAAACUGAUCCUCACAUUCCCGAAGGAAUGAGAAAGAGAACUGUUCCGUCUAUUCAAGCAUCUCUACCACCAAAUGUGUACAAAUCUCUUUUCAAUGCUGAUUCUCCACAUAAACAGGACACCCUUAUCAAGUCAUCUCAGGACAGCACUCUGCCAGAUGACUCAGUUCUUUACCAGAGUGCAAUAGACACCUCUUUAUAUCAGACUGCAGUCGAGUCUCCUUCAGCAUUCAACAAGAAUGAAAUUAUUCCAUUGAAGAAGACUUGGGGUAAAGAUCAGAUAAUCUCAUGCAGCACUCCGACAGGAACACCUGAAGGAACACCUGUAUCAAAGACUCUGGACUGUGAAAAUCUGGACCAAAGGAAAUAUGGCUCACCGCAGAUAGACGAACUUGGAGGCUCUCCACUUGAACAAGAAUUGGGUGCUUCUCCAGGUUCCUUAAUGGCAAGAAAAAUACAUGUGUCUCCUGACAUAACAGAUCUGCAGGAACUUGCCAGAUCUGUAGAUGUUUUUAAAGGGAAUGAGAACAUAAGACCAGCAGAUAUUUCAGUUUGUCAUGGAGACAUCAACAAUGAUACAAAGUCAGGUGUCGCUGAAACCAAUUUAGAUAAGAAAGACAAUUGGAAAGAUGGAGGGAAUGGAGAACAGACAAGAAGUCCAUAUUAUUCACCACGUGAUCUGCCAGAACAAAGUUACAUUUUACACACUCUAGAUACUAUCCAGGAGGAAGACAGUGUGAGAGAAGUUUCAGAAUCGGAAGACACUUGCAGCACUUUACAUUCUGUCUCACCUCCAAAUAGUAGAGUGGCAUCUCCAAAUAUUGAGCAUAUGUCAGUUACAUCACCAGAGAAUGUUCACUAUGAUGUUCCUCCAGAAGUAUUAUCUAUGUCUGUUCAUAAUGAAGAAACAUUGGAUCCAUUGGACAAAAAUAUCAGCCCCACACAUCCAUCUGAAUUAUUACAAAAUGCAGAUCAAGAAACAAAAUCUGAAGUAUACAAAUCAUCUGAAAAUAUGGAUAAAUUAGAUGACUCUGAGGAUAUUCCUACAUUUUGUAACAUGGCUUCUCAGCAGGAUGAUAUGGUAUCAGAAAUUAAUGAAUCUGAAAUUGAAAGUCCCAUCAACAAGUUAGCUGAAAAUGAUGAGGGUAUUCCUGCAAUUCCAUCCACUGCUGAUAACACAGAUUUGUCUCACAUACCAGGAAACUCAAUGAAUAGUAAAGAGCCAACUAAUGGUGAUACUGAAAGUAUUGAUGAGCUGGCUGAGUCACAUACUAGAGAUGAAGCUUCGCCAGUCGAGUCACCAAAAAUAAAUAAUGGUAGAAAAAAGAAGGAUGUCUUUUCAAGACUGUAUCCAAAGAAUGUUCCAAAAUUUGACUUCAAAAGGAAAAGUGAAGCAUCAGUCAUCCCUAAGGAGAAAUCUCAUGGAAAUGUUUCACCAAAAAUACAGAGGAAAGAUCUUAAGGCAAAGAAAUUAGAAAUGUCUGAGACUACGACUGAAGAUCAUCUCGGGGAGAACAUCCUUGGUAUAGGAAACUCCAAUAAUGAUGAGACUGUAGGUCUAGUAUCAUGUCUUGUAUUAAAGUCUCAGCCAGAAGAUUUUGACAAUAUCUCUGAGGAAGACCAACAAAAGGAUGACAUUGCAGGCAUGGCCAUGGCUUUGUAUGCUCCAGCCAAUACAGAUAAAGACCAUAUUCCAGAGGACAUUCUUGAGGAGAAACCUGAAAUGCCUGUUGAUGAUAGUUCAAAAGAUACUUUGGAUGAUGAAGUAGCAGAUGAUGGAGCCACAAAUCAUGAAGAUAUUCACAAAGGUGAUGGGAAUAUUAGCAGUGACAUCCUAACAACGUAUCCUGAGAAGUUUGUAGAUGCAAAUGAAUCACAGGCUGUCGAAAACCUAAAGCCUUUCCUUGGAAAAGACUAUGCUGUUGCAAGUGCAAAAUUAACAAUGUUCAUGAAGAUGUUUGGCCUCUCUGUUGAAAGCACAGAUAGUUCAGAGGGCUCUGACUCUCUUAGAAUGCAUAAAGACAAGGGGCUAGUUGAUAGGAUUGUCGGUGAUGGUGUUGGAUAUGACCCUGAUUCAUUUGAAUGUAAUGAUUCAUUGACAAAUCAAUUAUCUGGAAGUCCAGGAAGUGUUGAUCACAAAGGAGUUGAUACUGUACCUGGAGGCAAUGAGUGUGAAGAUCAGUCUUGGACAGCAUCAGAUGUAGCAGUUGAUGGUGACUCUUCAAUUCGAGAAAUAAGAAGCAGAUCAACCACUGUCUCUGAUAUGGAACUGGUGAGUGUAGGAGAUGACAUUAUGACAGACAGUAAUUCAGCUGUAUCCCUACAUAAUAUAGAAGAGGACCAGCUGCUUGAAACUUCAUCAAAAUAUCCAACUGACUUUCAGGGUUUACAGCUUGAACCCGGUGUCACUAAAUCAAUGCAACGUGCAUAUCCAAGGGAGGACAUUACUCUUAUAUUGAGGAAGAUGGAUAUUGAUGCUUUCAGCAGCUUGAAACACAAUUCUGCCAUCAAUAUACCGGCUUUCUCAUCUUCUACUGAUGUGGAUAAGAACAUCGCAGAACAUCUGGAUGUUAAUGAGAUUUCUGAAGAUGAUAUCAGUGAUGAGACCAAGACCAGUAAAAGCGGGAGUGAUCUAGAUCACAAUCAUAAUAUAGAUUCUCCCCCAGAGAUGAAAGAUCUUGAUCUUGAUGAAACUCCAGUUGACAUUGGUAAAUCUAUGUUACCUUUGUCAUCUUCAGUGGUUAAUGACAAGGUUCCAGUUCAGAUUCAAGAAUCAGUAUUGACCCCUUUCAAGGUUGCAGAGAUGAAACACCCUAGUUUGUCUCAAGUUGGAAAAUUGAAUAUCAGUGAUAGGCCAUCUAGGUCACCAGAAAAUAACAACUCAAAUUCAGCUGAAGAAGCAGGUCAAGAGGAACUUUUAUCAUCAGAAGUUGAAAGACCUCUCAACAUUUCCAACCCAAUAUCUGAUGUAACAGAGGUUAUAUAUGCUUCAAAGGUUCAGCUUGAAGAGAGCAUGGUUUCCUCAUCACAGAGAUUUAAAAAAUUGUUUGCCAAAAGCAAUGAGAUUCCAGAUGGCAGGGACAAUUUGCCUAUUGUUGACACAGAAGUGGAAAAGGAAGUGCCACUAAAUAGUACAGGAGUUGUGGAAAGUCCUGUCCACAAUAGAAUUGACAAUGGUGACUGCAGACUUUUGAAGCUGCCAGUAUUAGAGCAGAUCACAGUUGACAGAGUGCAUUUACCAGAAGUGAGUUUAUCAUCCCUCUUCAAGGACAGUGAAAAUGAAACUGAUUCUAAAACCACUUUUAACAGCCAACUAGAGCCUAGAGCUGAACAACCAGGUGAUCCAUUUUCAGUCCAUAGUCAAUGUGAAUUGGAGCAGCUUGAAGUUUUCCAAGACGUACCCAAAUAUCAAGUUUAUGAGACUUAUACUAAGAGUACACAUCAUCUUCCUGAAAUUCCACUGUCAGCAAUGUUGAUGAAACUAGGAGAAACUAUGAAACCCCUUUCUCAGCCUGAAUAUUAUGAUGAGACUAAGUUUGAUGAUGCACAUAAGCCAGAAGAAAAUCAUAGAAUGAAUACAGAAUCACUUGCUAUGGAGGAAGGACAGCAGCAAAAAACACAAGAUGAAAAUCAUGAUCAGCCAGACCAUAAGCAACCAACUUCUUUUGUCAGCACUAAAUAUAAUGUAAAGGCUCUUCACGAUCAGAGCAGAUUAAAGGAGCCAACAUUUCUGGCACAUGAUACAAGAUCUACCCAAAAUUUGUCCAGAGUCCAUGUAACAGAGGCUUGCACCGAGCAUCCCAUAAGUCAUCAUGAGGAGCCCUUGUUACCGAUGCUUUCCAAGUUAAUGGAAUCUUCUGAUUCUGAUGAACAUCCUUCACAGCAAAGUUCAGUAGUUGAUACCAAAGGGAUGGUGAUUAUAGAGCCAAAGCAAAAGGACAAAUGCAUAGAUUCUGGACAUUCGUUACCCAAGAAUUCUCAGCGGAAUAUCUAUUUGGAACAUCAAAAUCCUGAAGAAUCUAUUGUUUCUUUUGUUGAUGAUAAGAACAACAGAGUUGGUACUGGUACAUAUGGAAAUGAACAGAAGAUAGCUCUGCCAGGGAAUAACAACUUUAAGAAAGAUCAAGGAAUGAAUACAGAUGAUCCAAGUAUUUUGGUCAAAGAUAAUUAUUCCCAUCAUAAAACAACCAAGGAGGUCUCCCAUGCUUCCUGCAGCACAGAUGACAUUCUUACACAGCCUGAUAGUGAUAUCAGGACACCGGAAUCUGCUGAAGAGCAUCAAAGUUACCCUGAAAUAACUAUCAAUGAAGAACCCAUAGUACUAAAAAUUGCCCAUCCAACCAACAAAGAACCUGUCAAGUGGCACUUGUUGUCGACUGACUCCACUGAGCGUUCAACCCACCCACAGUCAUCUAUGGAGGACAUUGGAAUUAUUACUACAGCUGUUGACAAGUCAAUCCAAUGCAAGCCUUCAGACAUGACUGAAGGACAGUCAGGUGACUUAGUAUCAAUUGUGCUUCAUGAAAGAAAGGAUAGGUCUACAUCACCAGAGGCUCUUAAUGAGAGCAUGCAUUCUUUUAAACCGAUCACACCAUCACCAAGACUCAUCAUUGCAGCUGGACCACUGGAUUCUACAGGUACCCAGAUUGAGGAGCUUAGCAGAGAUUCUGAAAAGGGCACCAAAGACAGUGGUUGUCAGGGAAAGGAGCAUAUACACCCAUCCUUGAAGAUUAAUCAGUCACCAGAAGAAACCAUCCAAGAAGCCAUGAUUGAAAAGGAACAACAAAGUAAUCUCCCUUCAUCUCUUAAUGUUCCUCCUAUUCAUUCUAUUGAUGGAGCAAGUCCAGCAUAUUCUCCUUUGCACAGCUCUAGAAGCACAGAUGAUGAGCUUGCUCAGAUAUUUGCUGCAGCUAAACAAAGAUCAUCCAUGAAGCACAGGUUUACUAACACAUCUCCAGAAAUUCCAGCAUCACAAAGAUCAUUAGUGGAUGUAUCCACUAUCACUGAUGGUACUACUGUCUCUGCACAACAAACAUCACCAAUUGACCUUCUAACAGAGCAGAGAUUAGUAUUAGAUGCAUCCACCACCACUGACAGUAGUCUAAAAUUAAUAUCAAAAAGCCCUGAAGUAGAUGUAGACAGAGCAUGCAAACAAACAUCACCAUGUAAUGAACAACCUACCACUGCCAGUGUGCAAACCUCUCAUUAUAGAGAGAUUGAUGACAUUAAAAAUUGUGAAAAGUCAUUUAAAACCUCAGCCACAGAAACAGUAGCCUCCACACAACCUGAUAUGCAAAGAUCUACAGUUGAUUCCAGUGCUGCACAUUCUGUUGUUUCUGGAGAUGGCAUGGAAAUUAAUCAGCAAACACAUGAAGAAUUUUCAUCAUUGGAAAACAGAAGUGUUGGGACAAGUCCAAUAGCUCAACUAGAUCUCCCCAAAUCAGAGCAUUUUUCUCCUCUGAACGUCAAGACAAGCACACCAAAUAUUAUUAGUAUAGAUGAGCAGGAGACCCAAGCCAAUUUAUCAUCUUUUUCAAACAACCAGGAAUGCCAGACUGACUUGUUGCCAAGUGGUCCAUCGAGUCCAUCAUCUAUUGAAGAUGAUACUUGUGGCCCCUGGAGGAAAGCUAGUGAGGUCUUGGAUGAACUUUCAGAGAACAUGGAUACUGAGGAGCUGGAACUCUUUGCUGUGCUCAUGCACAAGAGGCGAUUUUCUGAACAAACUGUAGACAGGGUCAAAGGACUUGCUGAAAAACUUCGGAAGAGGAAUCAGUUAGAUGAACAAACACUUCUCAACCCAGAUGAAGGAUCAAAAGAACCAUCUGAGAAUCCUCCGAUUUCAACUGAUACUGCAGAUGAACUUUCUUUACCACAGGUUAACAGUCCUGAUGUAUUGGGUAGUGGAUUUGGCACUCCAAAGAUACAACAACUUGAAGACACUGAGAAACAUCUAGACCAACCUAAAGCUGUCUUGACAUUAUCACCAUUGCCACUAUCUGAAACCGGAACAAGAGAAUUUGACUUUGAACGCAAUGAAGGAACACUUCCUGCACAUGAUAUUAAUACAAGUAAAGAUGAUUUGCAGACACAUUCUCCAGUAGAUGAUGAAUUCUUCACUCUCCCUGGUCAGAAUGGUAGUAUGUCACCACCAAUGGUUCCAGCAUCUGAACAGAUCCCUUCUCCAAGAAUUGGAUUGCCAUUCGAUAGGAAGCCAACUCCUCCUACCAAGACUUUGUCAGAAAAACCGGUACCAAUCACGGAUAGACAAGCAACAUCUUCUCAAGUGCCUUUGAGUCAUGUUAUGGGUACCGGCUCUUGCAAUGAUUGGCACUCCUUACCACUGCAAUCUGGGUGGGGUGAGCCAUUGAAUAGAAACAAUAACAGCAGCACUGACUACAGUGAAGAUGACAUACGUAUUGGGGAAACAGCAACAGACAUAUUUAAGAGUGACCCACCACAGUCUGCUGGAAUUGAGUUAAAGCAAUCACCAAGAGCCACGCUUUCAAAGUUCUCUGAUGUCAGCUUUGAUUCUGAAUUAGACUUCCCUGUUGGUACAAAUGACCUGAAAGAUGGGUGUAGGCUAGACAAGAAAGAUGAGGUGAACAAUCUUAGUAUUUAUGCAAGCAUGCAAAGCUUGGAUUCAGACCUCUUUGGAGAUGGUACCGAACCAGAGUUAUUAGCUCUACAGGGAGAUACUGAUGACAGUAAUGCAAAUACCAGCUCUGUGCCAGUUGACAUCAGUCAUGGUUUUGUAGGAGACAAUCAAGUAGAGGAAAAGGAUGAUCAAAGAGAGAUGGAAGAAGAGCUGACCGAUGCAGAGUCUUUAAGGAUACAUAUGCCACCAAUAUCACCAUCAAAGUUGGAAUGGCUUUUGGCAGAAUCUGAAAUUGAACCAGAUGUUAAGUAUUUACCUCUGAGCAAGCACCCUGAGAAAGACAAGAUCCCUCUUCCAGGAUUCAAACUUCAUAGCUCAGAGGAUCCGUACUUGAUUGAAAAACAACCAAAUGAAGCACUAAUGCAAAAACCAGAAGGAAAAAUCCAUCCUCAGGAUACAGAAGUGGAAGCGUAUCCAGUAAAAUUCAAAUUGGACAAGGAACAGAAAGGGAGUGGUCUGUCAAGCUCUGUAACAGGCCCAUCGGCAAGAUCUAGACCUGUUGCAGGAUAUAAUAAUCAGAUAUCAACAAGCAGCAGACAGGAUCCAGGGGUGGCCCUUCCUCCCACAGGUAUCAGGCAUGCAAACCUCGAGAGGACAGGAUCAAGUCUUGGAGAAAGCAGUGGUAUUUACAGUCUUGUAAGUGAGAUACCCCACCUUCACCAAGUGAAGACUCCCUUAGGUUCUUUGGACUCACUGAUUAAUGCUUCAUCCACUGAUGAAGAAAGAGACAUGCAGCAGUUACAAUCAGAGUAUGAGAAACUCCUUCAAGGAAGAAAGUCAAGCAGCCUCAAUCCUGUUGAUCAUCCCUGUUCAAGGAAUCUUCAACAAGUACAGAGUCGCGAAGAUUCAGAUGAUGACAACAAGAGUGCACAACCUCGUAGUAAUGGAUUUCUGAAUGGGUACAGUAGUGGAGAUUCUGCUAGUAGUUCAGAAGUUGAUGGCUUUGUAUAUGGACUCUAUGGCCAAAGCAUGGACAGAAAAGACAUUUCCAUUGAACUACUUGAAGCACAGGUGAUGCAUGGUAUAGGAGAGACUGAUGCAUUACUUAAGUUCCUUGAUGAUGACCUUCCCUUGGAAUACUGGACAAAUCGCAAAAACAAAACGAAACCGCAACACGGAGAAGCAGAACAACGAAGGCCAUCUUUAGAUAAAAAAGUAAUAACUCACAUUCCAAAUAACACUAGUAAUAAAUCCCCUGGGUAUCAAGUAAGAAAAAGUCCCAGUCCUUCUCUGAGGAAAUCCCCUUCAGGUGUGCAGUCCUUGAGAAGUUCCCCCUCCGCAGUGACCCCUCCUCCUCUUCAAAGGGUUGUGAAACCGAUCCUUGAUACUUCUCCAAGUGAAAAGUCUCCAUCUCCUAGGGGUCAUUUCAGACCGAGUGAACACUUGAAAUUUUUAAAGCGUGUCAGAGAAAAUGUAGUCAAAGCAACAGCAAACCCAUUGAGCCCUACGCCAUCCUCACCAUGUCCAGGUCCCCAGCUGUACUCUCUGUACCCAUCUGAAACUCCAUCAGAAAACCACAGGAACUCCUCAACAUUCAGUCCGGAGAAGAAUGACAUGGAGCUUUUCCUGAAAGAGCUUCGAGAGGCGAGGAAGAUGUCCCAGUCAGAGAUCGCUAAGGCAGAGAAGGAGCUCCAACCAGCCAGAAGAAGGUACUCAAAUGGUGAAGACACUGUGUUUGCUGAUGGUAUGCCAGGCAGCAAUGAUGAUUCCAGAAACUAUCCUCCAUCAUCUGGAGAAAAAGAUGAAGAGUGCCCUGUGAAACAGAGAACUCAACGAUCAGAUGAGGACCUCAUCGACAAGGAAAUCGCUUCCAUGCGUGCUGCUGCAGCUGUCAUCCUUCCGUCCACAUCAACACCCACUGCUGGAACCAGUCCAUGCAAGGACGGGGAUGAAUCCAAUGAUGACCUCUUAGAGGAAUCACCAAGCAAGCCACAUUACUAUGAGCUGUAUGAUCUGCCUUCAAGAACUGGACCCCUGAGCAGGAGUGAUAGUCAAAACCGUCCAUCAUCACAGUUUGGUUAUAGCCUCUAUAAAGACCCACCAAGAUCACAUGAUGCCUUGACCAAGACCUACCCUCCGGCAAAAUCCCUCCAGGGUGAAGACUCAAAGAGAGACACUACACCCCUACAUCAUCAAAGUGGAGGUGUCCAGCUGCAGAAGUACACACCACUCAAGAGCACAGGAUCAUCUGGCAGUCUGUCUGCCCCUCCCAACAGGAGACCUACCCCACAGCCAAGUGGAGUUUACCUAUCUACCCCACAACACAGAGGUAUGACCUACACUCAGGAGGGUGGUUCCAUAAGAAGUUAUAGGGGUUCUCCUGGCAGCCAGGUGAAGAUAUCUCCUGUCAAAUCAAGUUUAAGGAACAGGCGACUUCAUGGAGCAAAACCCUUUCAAGAGCUUCCAACAGUCCGGGAAUCCAAACUAGUCUGGUCACGUCCUGAAUGUCACCUUGUAGCGGAGGCAGCAUUACAUACUCUUAUGUCUGAGAUGGCUCCCUCCGAAAGUUUUGACCCAAGCAAGUCCCAACAGCCAGAGGAAGAAAGAGGUUGGAGGCAUGAAGGAAGAGAACGAGAUGUUCUACUACUUUGCAAGACUCACUCACCCAAUAGUCCCAUCAACAGUUAUAUAGGUAUUGGUAACAUUAAAGCCCCUGCAAGAACAGUCUUCAACUACAUCAAGAACCCAAUGUGCAGACAGCUCUAUGACCCUAUGCUCAAGGAAGUCAAAAUAAAGAAAGAUUUUGGGAGUGAUCUUCAGGUUGUAUACAUGGUAUUCAAGACUGAUCAAUGUCUACUUCAACAUCCAAGAGACUGUCUGUGUGUCAUCAAGACAUUAGAAAUGGAUGAUCGUUUCCUGGUGGUUGCCACAUCCAUUAAGCACCCGAGGAUCCCUCCCAAGAAAAAGACCAUCCGGGCAGAGGUACUCCUGGCAGGAUGCAGCAUCCAACCUCUGCAAACUGGAGACAUGGAGCACUGCCGUGUCACCCACCUCUCUCAGGUCAACCUUCAUGGUGAUCUUCAACCAAAGCUUAUCAAUGCUCUGAGCAGCAGACUGCCGAUGUGCAUAGCAGAUCUGAGGAACGUUGUUCAGAUUGGUGAUGUUUGACUCCAGUACCAUUCAGAGCAGAGGACUUACAAAUCAGAUGCAGCAUCCACCUUCUGCAGAUCAAAGACAUGAAGCACUGCUCAAAGAAACACCUCCAACAGAUAAACCUUGGUGGUUUCCUACAACCAAAACUCAUCAAUGCCUUGAGCAGCAGGCUGCCAACGUGCACAGCAGAUUCAAGGAACGUUGUCCAGAUUGGUGACGUUUGACUCCAGGAACAUUCAGAGCAGAGGACUUCCAAAUCAGAUGCAGCAUCCACCUGCAGAUCAAAGACAUGGAGCUCUUCUAGAUGACCCAGAUCAACCUUGAUGGUGAUCUUCAACCAAAGCUUACGAAUACCUUGAGCAACAGGCUGCUGACAUGCAUAGCUGAUCUGGAGAAUUUCAUCUAGCUUGUACAUGCUUGAUACAAGCCCCAUUCAAGCAGAUUCCUCUGUUGCUGGAUGCAGCAUUCACCCUAUGCAAACUGAAGUUGAUAUUCAGUCUGUGAUUGAACUGCUACUGAUUAACUUUCAGGGUAAUCUUUAACAAAAUUUUAUCAAUGUUCUGAGAAGUAGGCUGCCUAUGUUCAACCAGAAAUUCCACCUAGGGUUCCCUUAAGGUUCGUGAUUGAUAUCACACAUGAAAGAAUGGCACUGAUUGAUUUCUGAUCAGUCAACAAAAUGCAUAUGCAACAAUGAUCUUGAUUGGCAAUUGCUAUUAAGCUAUUGAUCAUGAACCUUAGCGUUAUGGAACCUAGAUUGGUUGUUUGACUUUGAAGCCAUUUGAGAAAAUGUUGACAACUGCAUAUCGAGACAUAGAACAUUGUUCUGGCAUUCAUCUUAUAAAGAUCAAUAUUUAGAGUGAUCUCCAGCUGAACCAUUGCAGGAAUUCCCCAUUCAUAGUUAACUCUGAUAUUACAUGAUCAAUUGUCUCUUUGUCAGAACUGAUCAUUUUGAUGUAGAUAUUGAAGAUGUGAUGCUCCCACCUCACUUACAUGUGUAACAACAUACAAACUUCAAGUUACAUACAUAUGAAUCCCCAGAAUAUUAACCUGUUUCCUACAGAAUUCUGUAAUACAGUUUCAAUAGGCAAUGGAUUGACACUUUUUUUAUAUAUGUAAAUCAAUCACCAGUGGUGCCUUCAAAUUGAAAAGAAUAUGAAUUAUUAUUAUAUGAAAAUACUUCACAAUAACUGGAGUUUAACCAUUCUGCUUGAAAACUACCUUUCAGUCAACCUGCUGUAUAAUUACUUUAAGUUGCAUUUAGGCAUAAACUCUACUUAAUCACCAGAGCAAUACAAUGUUUUCAAAAUCCCUGUUGCCAGAAGAAUACAGCAUCACUUCUUUUUUCUGGUGAGAAUUGUUUGUAAUUUGUCAUGGAAAAACAUAUCUGUUUUAGUGCUAUAUCAUCAUAAAAAAAUGAUUAAGGCAUCUAUCUUGAGACCCUUCAGUUCUCUAUCUCUCUUUCUCUAGUCAACUCUAUCCUUCAUUCAUUCCUCCCACUCCUGCAGAGUUUUGGGCCCUAAUUUAUAAAGUAACUAUCGUGGCAUCUUUGCCAUUCAAUCGUAACUACCAUGGUAAGAAAGCUUAAUAGCCCAUCAAACUCAUGGAUUCAUUUAAAUCUACCAUUGGAUGGCAAAUGUACUGUUAUACUACAUUUUAUGCAACCAGGCCCUGAACUUCAGAAAACCAAUAUUUAAUUACAUAUAACUGUAAAAAUAGCAUGUUUUAUUGUUGUUCCUUUAAGUUGAGAUGGCCAUAUUGUUUAAUAAUGAAUAUUCAAUUAAAUGUCAUUGAAUGUAAUUAUUAUUUUAAUGAAUAGUCAUGAGUUAAUAAAUGGUCAUGACUUAAUAGAUAUCAAUGACUUAAUGAAAAAUCAUGAUUUAAUUCAUUACUUAGUGAUUUCAGUUAUAUUAUUGUUCAUCUUUAUUACCAAGUUCUCUUAAGCAAAAUGAUGGAAACACCUUGAUUGUUUAAUUUACCAUUACUUAUAGUGGUAGGUAGCUAGCAUUAAUUAAUAGAUUCAGACUUUAAAUCAUCGAAUAAAGACACUUUUUAGGUAGUUAGGUUCUAAUGAAAAUAAUAGUAUUGGAUAAUCAUGUAAAACUUUCAAUAGUGAAAUUUUGUGAAGGAAAUAGUACUUACUAUGGACCACAUCUUUUCAAGACACCGUAACAUAUGAAAUGAAAGGGAAACAAAACAUAGACACAGCUAGAUCCAGUCUAUCCAGUCUAUAGAAGCUAGCCAUGCUUGUUUGUUAUCAAGUUUCCAUUUAGCAUUUAUCUUUAUAGAAUGACAUAGUACAAUAUUUGAAAUCAGCUGAACUAAAAAUGCAAUAUCAGAACAAAUUCUAAGCUUCCAUCAUGUGAGCGCAAAAUUUUAAUUGAUUUUUCUUUUUAUAUGAAAAGUAGAUUACAAGGAAGUUCAAAUGAAAUUAAUAUAUUUUAGCAGGAGCCUAUGUUUGAUUGCAAUGGGAAGUACAUAUAUUGGGUUUUUUAGGCUUUGUUUGGGUUGACAAAGUUGAGUGAAAAAAAAAUCAUGAAGAUUAAAAAAGAGAGAGAGGUUGAUGAUUAUGCAUGAAGAUGACAUUAUAACAAGACAUUUUUAUGGCACAAUAAUUUGUUGCUUAUUUAUCUGAAAGUUAUUGUACUAUAGAAAAUAAAAACAUUGAUGAAUUACAGAACAACCUCUUACAAUCACCUUGACAAUGGCAGCUGAGAUGUAAAAUGAACUGUAAGAAACGUAGAAUUGAUAAUUUCUUUUCAAUGUGUGUAAUAAAGAUGAUCAGCUCAUUGUA